UGAGCCCAGGACCAGCAACGAUGUCCCGCCCCGUACGUGGCUCUCUCUUGCCCGUCCCUGCCUUGUCAUGGGCGAGGCGCAAAAAAAUGUGGGAUGAUGUUAAGGAGCGAGCCGGUACGGAACGAGAAAGGUUGGCUGCUCUCGGUGAUGAAAAGAGGUUUAGGGCGCCGCGCCGCGCCCACCCACCCUCACUCCCUCCCCAUCCCCACGACACACACCCCUGGCUGGGUUGGAGGGGCCCUAUUCGCAGCCUGGCCUGGUCACAUUGUCGUGGCCAGCAUCCGUCCUCUGUUCAGUCCUGGUGUUAUUGGCCGUGGAAGUGCCGGGGCGUCUUUUGGCCAAAGGUAAUUAUCCCAGAUGACGCCGUGCGGAUUUGGCAAUUCGCCGUCUCAACGGCUGUCAAUUAAUGUUGAGGCUAGUAGCCAGUAUGAAUGUGGCAUCGUCUGUGUAUGAGCUUCAUGCUCGGUCGAUGCUUUUACUCCUUACUACGACUGUACCUCUCUCUCUCUCUCUCUCUCUCGUCACCGCCAAACUGAAUAACUCGCCACGGGCAGCAUCGGCAAGCAGCCACAUCGGCGACCUCACAUCGCCGUGGAUGGCUGCACAGCAGCACCAGAGGCAGCAGCUAACCGAAGGCCGCAUAUCCCAAUACUAGUAUACAUACACCCGAGUACCUACAGAGUGGCCCCCAGCCAUGCAUGGCCUCGUCUGAUUGGACCUCGUGCGAGUGCGCGAUGGGCACGGGGAGUACUUCGCCUAUCUGCCCCUGCUUUUGCAGGACACCCGAGCUUCUCUAUUGUGCAGGGUCGUUGUAUCAGGGGCCGGUUUCCCUCCCCUUGACGCUUUUCUCUCUCUGUUCUCUGGUUCCUCUACCCUUUUCCUGACGGACACAACACACGCACACGCGCCACGCACAUCGCACGCAUGGGUUUUCUUGAUCCCUUGCAGCUCGACUGUCGGCAGUGCAGCCGGCAUUUCUUUUGCUCCCACUCAUUUGACGCACCGGCUAGGGAGGAGGAACGGGAUGAGGGAGGAUAACCAACAAAAGGAAGCCCUAGUCUGCCGGUCCCUCUUCGUAUAGAGACAGGACCUUUCCUAGUCAUGUCCACAGGGCGCCUUCUUUCCUUGUAGAAGCAUAAAUAAAAACCAAGGUUGGUGCAGGAGUUCGACGCGGGCGUCAGCGCCCCCGGGGCUCCGGCGCUCUUCCGGAUGGGUUUGAUGGGUUGCAGUGGAAUGCAACGCUGACUAGGGG